ACAGGAAACGAAACGGCGUCGUAGGGCCGACCACUUGCCUUAGAUUAGUCUUUAGAAUACCCUGUUUUAAUCAGAAAGUGUAAGCUACACCACCAAUAAACGCUUUCUUCCUCUUCUUCGUGUAGCUGUCUGUUCAUCGAUAAAGGGGUUCAAGAAUCAAAACUUAGUAAAUAAAGAGCUCCGAUGAUGAUCAACUGCCUGCUGUUUGUUACUUUAUUGUGGCCUUUGAGAAACAAGGUGAUCGAUAGCAUAUUUUCUAGGACAAAUACUACCUCUUAGUGAUAGAUACCAUAUAACAGCUCCGAUACCAGAUCACUUGGUAAUCGAAAGUGAUUUGCUAAGGGCUCUAGUUUGGAUUUUGGGGAGCCUGAAAAGUUUCUGAGAAAGCAAGAAUGGUUUCAAGUGAUAAUGGAGAAAAUAAUGGAGGGAUUGAGGAAUCUGGUAUUUCUAUUAAAGUCAAGGGUCAGAGCCCCCUUCGAGUUUCGGCAUCUCAAAAGGGGCUUAUAGAUGAAAGCCCUCAAAAUAGGUUCCAUGGUAACUUAUCUGCAGUUCCCAACAGAAUGAGGUUCCUUAAUUUUGGUUCUUUGGCUUCCCCAUCUGCAAAAUUCCAGCGUUUUGCCGAGGAGAAAGAUGAGAUUUCACGCGCUGUACCUAAUUCAAGUAGUCAUGCUUUUCGAGAACGCAUCAAUAUGGUUUUCGGUCGAAAAAUUGAUUGGGCCUCUCUUUCAAAAAUUUGCAGGGAAUGGAUAAGGGACCCGAUGAACAUGGCCCUUUUUGUCUGGAUCACUUGUGUUGCCAUUUCAGGUGCAAUCUUGUUCCUCGUCAUGACUGGAAUGUUAAACGGUGCCCUGCCAAAGAAGUCCCAAAGAAAUGCUUGGUUUGAAGUUAAUAAUCAAAUUCUUAAUGCUCUUUUUACGCUGAUGUGUCUUUACCAACACCCUAAGCGGUGCUACCACCUAGUACUUCUAUGUAGAUGGAAACCAGAUGACAUUUCAAAACUCAGAAAGAUUUACUGCAAGAAUGGGACUUAUAAGCCCAAUGAGUGGAUGCACAUGCUUGUCGUUAUUGUUCUACUACACCUCAACUGUUUUGGACAAUAUGCCUUGUGUGGUCUGAACUUGGGAUACAAGAGAUCAGAGCGACCUGCUUUAGGUGUUGGAUUGUGUAUCUCCGUUGCAAUUGCUGCACCUGCAAUUGCUGGUGUUUACAUGAUUGUUAGUCCGCUCGGAAAGGAGUAUGAUUCUGAAUUGGAUGAGGAAGCACAAGUUCACAGCACUGGUGAUAUUAGCAGGCCAAGCCCUUCGAGAAGGAAAUCAUUAGAGAAGAGAUUUUCAUUUGUAGUAAGAGAUGAAGAAAGGAUAGUUGAGACCAGGCCAAAGUGGAGUGGUGGUAUACUUGAUUUUUGGGACGAUAUUUCUUUAGCAUAUCUCUCACUAUUUUGUAGUUUUUGCGUUUUCGGGUGGAACAUGGAGAGACUUGGGUUUGGAAACAUGUACGUUCAUAUUGCAACCUUUCUUCUGUUUUGCAUGGCUCCUUUCUGGAUUUUCAAUUUGGCUGCCAUUAAUAUUGAUAACGAGGCUGUCAGGGAGGCAUUGGGUGUUACUGGGAUUUUUCUUUGCGUGUUUGGUUUACUCUAUGGUGGCUUUUGGAGAAUUCAGAUGAGAAAAAGAUUCAAUCUGCCAUCUUAUGAUUUCUGUUGUGGUAAAGCAGCCGUUACUGAUUGUGCACUGUGGCUUUUCUGCUGUUGGUGCUCUCUUGCUCAGGAAGUGCGGACUGGGAAUUCCUACGAAAUUGUGGAAGAUAAGUUUUGUAGAAAACAAGUGGAUAAAUGUGACCAGUUGCCAAUUUCACCUCUGCCUCGUGAAGAUGGAGAAUUCCAAUUCAGGUCCGGUCCGAGUUCUCCACUUGAGAACAACUCCUCUCCAUCCCAGACUGUGAAAGCCAGCUCUCAAAGUCCCAGCAGACUUUCAAAGAGUUAUUUUAGUCCAGACAGGCAGCUUUCUUCGGUGGAAGAAGAAUCUUGUACAACAGGUAAGGAUAUAACAAUGAAACCACCCGCUCUUUCAUUUAUACAAAGAGAUGCCAAUUAGCACAAGUUCAUUUUGAAAUGGCAUUUGACUUGUAAUUUAAAGUGGUCGGAACUGUUCAUGUAAUUUAUAUGUUUUGAGUGUAUCUGAAUGAAUUUUUCACA